AUGAUUCUUCCAGUCGUCGUGAUUCUAGCUCUUCUGGGCUACGGUCUACUGAGACUGUACCAGCAGAGAAGGCUGUUCAAAGAUCUCCCCGGGCCACCGCAUCACGCUAUCUGGGGGCACUUUUUGAUCAUGCGCGACAUCGCCGGCCAACUGCCUCCCGACGCGACUCCGCAACUGUUCGCGAACAUGAUGCGUAAACAAUAUGGCCUCGGCGACUUCUUCUACCUCGACCUGUGGCCGCUCGCCCCGCCACAGCUCGUGGUCGCCCACCCCGAUCUGGCUUCGCAGGUCACGCAAAAGCUGAACCUGCCCAAGGAAUCCCCCAUCAUGCAAAAGUGGACCGGCCAUAUCCUCGGCAAAAAGUCCAUGGUCUCUGCCAACGGACACGACUGGCUGGUUGCCAGGAAAUCCUUUGUGCCGGGCUUCCAGCCUCGAAAGUUGUUACAGCACGUGCCCAGUAUUGUAGACAGUGCUGUUGACUUCUGCGACGUCAUGGAACAUCACGCAAAGGAGCAGCACAAGGUCACGAUGGAGGACCUGUGCGCACGAAUGAUUUUCAAUGUUGCUGCCAAGGUCAUUCUGGGCAUUGAUUGCAACGCUCAGAGAGAUGACGACGAGUUCUUGACACUGUUCCGCAAGCUCGCAGCUCUUGCGCCAUCCGACUUUUGGUCCCGUUACUUGUGGGAUAUCAAUCCACGACGAAACUAUCUCAAGUGGGUGAAUCGUCGUGCCAUCGACCGCUACAUCGGCCGCCUAGUGGAUCAGAGAGUCGUCAAUGGACCAGUCGUCAUAACAGAAGACGAAGAGAGCAAGUUGGAAAAGGACACCAACUACUACGCUAUUGAUUACGCCAUCCAGGCCAACCGCAAGAAUAUCGACUCCAAGGCCAACGUUGACACGGAAACGCGCGAAAUGUUCAUUCAGUCGAUCAAGACUCUGAUUUUCGCUGGGCACGAUACGUCGGCAAGCACUCUCUGCUAUACCUAUGCCGCAUUGAGCAAGAAUCCCAAUGUCGUCCAGAAGCUCCGUGAGGAGCAUGAAGCCUUGUUCGGGAAAGAUCCUCAGAAUGCAGCAGACAUGCUUCGCUCUCAGCCCCAGCUGGUCCACGAGCUCCCGUAUACCCUCGCUGUGAUCAAGGAGGCGUUGCGCCUGUGGCCGCCGACGGGAGUCAGCCUGCGACACGGACUCGAAGGCCAAACACUGGAACAGGACGGCAAGGAAUGGCCCACGGCACCCUUCGCCGUGCUCGUCAACAACUGUGCCACCAUGCGGCGUGAAGAUAUAUUCAAGGAUGCCGAGCGCUUCUAUCCGGAGCGCUUUCUCGUCACAGACCCAGAAGACCCGUACUUUGUAUCCACCGAGGCCUUCAGGGCCUUUGAGAAGGGGCCGAGGAACUGUUUGGGGCAGACGUUGGCUCUCAUGCAGCUCAAGAUUACUCUUGUGAUGACUUUGCGACGCUUCGAGUUUGUACCGGCCUACGAAAAUGGCACAUACAUGUACCAGACUCUAGAUGUCACUGCCAAGCCGUCGCAGGGUAUGCCGGCUCGUGUGAACUUUGUAUAUGGCAGCAUUACAGUAAUUGCGGAGGAAAGCGGCGACGCUCAGAUUUGCACAACAUGUCAGCAGCUCAACCUCAGUAUUCACAGGUUCAUCAUCCGCAAUUCUGAAUUCCCUCAGACUACUUCGACAGGUGACGAUGCGAGCCAGCCUGUGCCAAGCCGGGGUGUUAACAUCCGGGGCGUUCAGCUGAACUCUGGCGAUCCCAAUAGAAUAUCUGCACGGCUGGAUCAGAUGAAAGAUCGAAGCGGCACCUGUCGAUUCUGUGAUCUUGCCUACCGAGCUGUUCAGCGUUAUAGCGGUAUCAGAGUAAGCGCGGAUACCAGGUUGGUUCUAACCUGGGAAAUAGACGGCCGUCAAACAGGCAAGGGAAACACUAUCAUUAACCGCACGAGACGAAUCCGACUUUCCUGGCACGAGACUAGCGGCAAGGAAGAAAACGUGUACAUGGUGCUAGUAGCUCCAAAGGGCUCUCGUAGAAUCAAUUCGGACGCUUAUGCUGCCUCGGCCAAAGACUCGCACUUCCUUGGCCGUGGCCUUGUGGAUAAGAAGGAGAAACAAGCGCUGAUGAAGAGCUGGAUUGACCUCUGCGUCGAGAAGCACGGCCCCACGUGCAAGAAUACGCAUGCAAUGAAGCCUGAUUUCAAAAAGCUAAUCAAAAGCACCUUUUUCGGUGUCAUUGACGUGAUUGAUAUGCAGCUGAAACCACUACCCGUCGUCAACGGAAAGCCUGAGCGAUAUGUUGCGCUGAGCUAUGUCUGGGGGAAGAGCCAUCUGAGGGACAAACCAUAUACAACAACGAGAGCGAACGUCAUGACUCGUAUCCAACAUGGAGGUCUAGAGAAUGCAUGGGAGCGACUUCCGCGCACAAUACAAGAAACAAUACUUCUAGUGGCUCGGCUAGGCGAACGCUAUGUAUGGAUUGACUCUCUCUGCAUUGUGCAAGACAGUGUCAGUUCAUGGGAACUGAACGCAAAGGCGAUGCACCUGGUAUAUGGAAAUGCGCACUUUACUAUUUGCGCAGCUGACGGAGACGCGGAUGCAGGCUUGCGAGCAAGCAGUUCGACACUGCGCUCGAGUCCACUCGCCAGCCAUCACAAACGUGGGCCCCCAAGCUCUUCUCCUUCUUCUAUCGCGACGACCACCCAAUCCGUACAUCCGCGGCAGCGAGCAUCUUCUCCGGUCCCUAGCUCGCAUUCAAAUCUCCCAUCGAGUUAUGGAAUGACAACAGAAGAGGUUCGAGGAGCACUUCGAGCGGCAGAUGCUUCAGAACUUCCACCCCUGACGGCUGAAUGCUUACCGAACGUCCGACUCUUGGUGUCCAGGCCACCCGAGGCCUCCAUAGAGGACUCAAUGUGGAACAAACGAGGUUGGACAUUCCAAGAACGGCUUCUCUCACGCCGCUGCCUCAUCUUUGCUGAAGGCCAAGUGUACUUUCAAUGCCGUUCAACCGUUAUAUCGCAACACAUAUUCACCGAUGGGGGCGUCAGUGGCUGGUCUCUAGACUGGACUAACGCACCUCUGCGCACUCUGGGUGAGCUGCCGCGUCGGGCUUUUUGGUUCUACAUGAAGUGCGUGCCAUUGUACACGGGACGAAACCUCACAAAGCCUGGGGACAUUCUGACAGCGUUUCAAGGAACAUCGUGGCUUCUCCAACAUCAGAUGAACGCGCCUCUGUUCUAUGGAUUGCCCUCUUCACACUUCGACCUUGCUCUACUAUGGAUGGGGUCAAAGCAAUUAGAUAGGAGGAGACAGACUGUAUUACGCAAGUCUAGCGGAGCAUCAUGCACUCAGGAUGAUAUGGGCAAUUGUAGCUGCAAGAUGGAAGAGGAUGGCUAUGGAGGCAAAGAGUUUCCAAGCUGGUCAUGGAGUGGAUGGAUUGGGGGCAAAUGCGAGUACCCUUCGAACAUGAUUGAGGGUUGUGUCUCUAAUGUCCAAGAGUGGUUGAGAGACCACACCUGGAUUUGUUGGUACGUCCGGGAUUAUGAAGGUAACCUACGGCCUCUUUGGGACAAGGAUAUCCUCUCAGAGGAUCGGAGCACCGAAGAACACUGGAAGGGUUACGCAGGGAGAGACUCUCAAUCUAGAGCUGAUGUCGACUUUGAUUCACGCAUCCCACCGCACGGGCAUCGGUCCAAGGCCAAGCCGAACAGAAGUUGGACGCGACAAUCAAACGCGGCGUAUCUGGACCGUCUUACGCCAGGAUAUUAUCCUGAAGAGGAUGCAGAGGCGAACCAGAAAAGGAAAGCCGCACGAGCAAGUGUCCGACCAAUAGAAGAUCCUCCAAAUUCCUCCCACGCAACCACCCCUUAUCGCCGCAGAAGCACACUCACUCCGGCCUCUGCACCGGAACGCCCUCGCAGAAUCAGUCGUGAUCACCAUGGCGAUGAUCAUGACGAAUCGUUUGAUGAAGGUUCCGGAAAUGGAAUUGAAUACAUGAUUGUAGACUCGCAUUCAUCCGAUGAUCAAGUUUCAUCGCAAGGUAGCUCGAGCCAAAAUUGGAGGAGCGAUCAAAGGAGGCAAGACAACUUUGGCCGUCCUAUAAGAUCCACAGUGAAGGACCUCAACGCUGACAAAUUUGACGGUAUACUACCGGACAAUCCUUUCAGCAUCAUCCGGGGACCAUUCCCCAUAGAUUCCAAGGACGAAAUCCGCGCCAUGCCUAUCCUCCAAUUCUGGACCUGGCAGACAGAGCUACUGGUCGUUGGGCGCCAGGAAGACAAUAUAUCUUCCGCGGCGCCCAGAGACCAAUGCCGACACAGCAUCGUCGACAAAACAGGUGACUGGUGUGGUUCUAUCCUGUUGCCUACGAAGCUCAAGGGCGGCCGCGAUGUCAGCCCUCACAUUUUCAUUGCCCUCUCCGAUGCUAAAACGAUGACCGAGGAAGAAUGCCCCGUGUGGAACUACUACAUACCGAAAGGAAGGGAGGAGAGCGAGUGGGAUUCGUUCUACGUGAUGAUGCUGGAAAGGAACCACGAGCGUGCGCUGUGGGAGCGCAUCGCUAUAGGCAAAGUGUUCCAGGCGGCGUUCCAUGAUGCGAGCUGGAGCGAGAUAAAGCUUGGUUGA